GGCAGAGGCUCGAGGUUCAAUCAGAACACCUGCGGAGGUGCCGUGAGGCGGAAGAGGACAAAAUAAUCUGAACACCAGCUCAGCCGAAACAUGAAGAUAUGUUCGAUAGCGUCUUUGAUUUUAACUCUGGGAUUAGCACAUCCAGUGAAUAUGUCGUUUUCUGCCCCUCCUGGAGACUUGGAGGGAUCAGGCUAUGACAUGGAUGGUUCUGGUUCUGGUUCAGGGGAUUGGUCAGAACAAGGUGAAAUGACAAACAUGGAGGAUCACUCCAGCAGCGAAGAUGUCAGAAUACUUGCAGCAAACCCAGGAGGUGGAGCCGAGAAUACUUUCCAUGAUUCUCCAGUCCCGACCCUUGACAAUAUGCACUGGCCUGCAGGAGACGGCAGAUCAGGAUUUAUUGUUCUGGCCAACAGCAAGAGUUUCUUGGAGAGAGAAGAAGUCUUUGCCGGUGUCAUUGCAGGAGGAGUAACUGGAGUGAUACUUGCAGCAGCACUUGCAGCAUUAUUAAUCUACAAAUGGCAGAAGAAAGACGAUGAAGGAUAUGUUCUGGGCCAGGAGAGGGCUUCAGACGGAGAUUAUCACAAACCCAACAGGGAUGAUGUUGUUCUUUAACUAUAAACACUUUUGAAAACUAAAGUUUGUUUCUACGGCGAUGCUGCCAGGCCCAUUUCUGUACCUUGGGAGCUACUGUAAAUGUAUUUUUUCCUCAUAUUUUUGGGGGAGGGGGCAUUCAAUGGAAAUUAGAUAUUUUUUGCACUUGAUGCAAAUGUAUCAGCUGUUGUUCAUUGAUAAUUUAUUUAAUAUUUAUGAUGUCAAAUACCUACUAUGACUAGUCACAACGUCUGCUGUGACAAGUUAUAUUGACGUCUCCCUUAUGUUACACCCAGGUGUAACAGGGUAUUUUUCAAAGCUGCAUGCAGGACUAAUGACCUCAUUUCUAAAAUCCUGGCUACAGCCCUGGUUGUACCAAAAUAAUUUAAUCCAUUAUGUUAAGUAGGGAAACCUCAGUGUUAUCCCCAUGAGAGUUAGCUAAAUAACCAAUGUAAUAUGAGACAUGAAAAAAAUCCAAUGGAAACUCAUUUGAGGUUGUAUUUUAAAUGAAGUAAAUGACAGUGGUUAGGUAAUAAUGAUCAGCUGCUACUAUGUAACAGGAUAUCUCAUCUAGAUCUGUGUCAUGAAAUGAUGUUAACUGUUUUUUGUAUUCCAUAAUUUUUUCUAAUAAAUUAGCUUUAUAACCAUUUUAUUUGACAAUUUAAUAUUUUAUUUUUAUGAACAUAUAUUGAGAGUGCAUAUCCAGUAUAUACACAUACUAUAUGUAUGACAAUGAGAGGAUGCUAUAAUUGUGCAGAGUGUUACACUAUAAUGUAUUGUAUGGUACAAGAUGAUUUAGUAAUGGACUGUUACUUCCAAGAAUUCCUUUGACAUCAUAUAGCUAAUUAAAGUGUUGAUGAGA